GAAUUCAACAUGCCUAUGAGGAAUUAUUGUAAUGACGAAAGUCUACCGAUCUUUGAACAAGACAAGAAAGAGCGAUACACGCCAAUGGAGGCUAUGGAGAUUUUAACUGAUAAGAAUAUUGACAAUGUACCAAAGUGUACCAAGGUGCCUCUGAGAGUGAGAGCUAAUAGAACCUUUCUUAUGGACACUACAAAGUAUAAGCAAUGGGAAGAUAUCAAAAGUGACAUGAUGGCUCUUAUCCAUAUGUUCUCCGAACAAAGCACAUGGACCCUUAACAUUGAGGAAUAUCCUCCAUCUCAAGUCCAGUACAAUAUCAUCAGCAGGAAAAGCAAGAAGCUCAAAUAUGAUGGACAGUAUCAUCUAAAGUUUAAUUUGAAGAAAAAUCAUGCAGGCUUGUGUAGGUCCAUCAUAUUGCUUCUUGGCUAGUCAGGAGCUGUACUGAAUAAUGUUUGCUUGUUGCAAUAUCACAUAAGUACUGGCGAAGAUACUGUUGAGUUUGAAGUUAAAAGCCAUGGUUCUUCAAAAGAGAAAAAGCCGUUCUAUCCUUGCGAAAAAAGUGUUUUGAACACCAUUAAAGAACGAGUAGCCAAACAGCCAGCAAGUACUGUGUACGAAGAUGUGAAAAAAGAAGCUGGUGGACCAUCGAAACCAAGGAACAUCGGUCAACUUCCUCGAUCAAGGCAACAGGUUUAUCACCUCAGCCACUUGCACAAAACUGCAAUAGAUCCCAUUGACAAGCUACUUAAAUAUGCAAAGGAAACCGAAGAGAAAAUCGUAAUUUCUCAUCAUGACUUACCCGAGGACUUAUGGAUUCUUGGAACAGACCAAAUGUCCAAAGAUCUUUAUCGGUUUAGUACAAGUGAAUUGCUUUCUUAUCCAUUAAGUGUGGACCCAACAUUUUCCUUUGGAAAAUAUGAAGUCACUCCAUUUUCUUAUAGACAUUUCUGAAGUCCAAAAGAACUCAAGUUCCUCCUGUUUUUACUGGCCCUACAGCUUUGCACCACUCAAAGACAAAAGCAACUUUCAAGAAAAUUGUGGAUGAAGUUACAUCUGCAUCUCCUGAUCUUGCAAACAAAGCAGAGAGCUUUAUAACGGACGGUGACUUACCUUUGCAUGAAAGUCUGGAAGAAUGCCUGAAACACGCCAAAGGUCUCCGUUGUUUCAUCCAUUUUAAAAGAAAUUGUAUAGACAAACUAAGCGAACUUGGCAGAAAAGAAAAGAAACAACAAGAAUUUUUUCUUCAAACUGUGUUUGGCAAACAAGAUAAAGAAGAAGGCAUCCUUGACGCAUGGGGAAAAAGAGACCUUAGAGCAAGACUGGACUCAGUAAAAGAUGAUUUAGAUAAGGAGAGGGAGGUUUUAAAGAAAGGAGAUAAUUACGAGUCACAGUUCUGGGUGUACCUGAACAAGAAUUCUGUUAUGUUUUGGAAGGAAUAUGAUUGCAAAAGCUCACGCGAAAGCAGGACUUCCACUUGA